CCUCCACCACCGAUUCCCUCCGCCGAUCCCAAGUUGAUCGGACAGGCGCGAACACCCCCUCCUCUCCACCAUGCCGGGCCUCUUCCUUCGUCGCAGGACCUGUUUAAGCUUUCUCCAAUAGCUGCACUUCGGCUGCUCGCCGCCGGCGCAGAAGCUCUCGUCCGAAUUACUGGGGACAUUCCGCCGACACCACCGCCGUCGAACCCUACCGUCCCACACAUGCGAGGCUUCCAGCAAGAGAAGGCAGAUAUAGCACGGUCGCAUUCAGAGAAGAGUCUAUCUCGGCUACGCGAACAAGCCGAAGCACAAGAGAACAAGCAGACCUCCUACUUUGUGCCGACGCCAAAGUCACAUCAGUCGUCGCGCUCGACCACGCCGUCGUCGCGCUACCAACCCAUCGACGGCGUACAUUUGCGACACACGCCGACUCCUCCCCCACCACCAGGGUCUCCCGAGCCGUAUAUAGUCAUAGGGGCCAACUCGCAGCCCCUCAACCUACAGCAUAGCGCCAUCACCCGCAAGUUCUACAGCAAAGCACCGCCGCCUAUCAGCAUCGAGGAGUACCUAAUGCGCAUUCAUCGGUGGUGUCCGAUGAGCUCGGCUGUGUACCUUGCCACCUCCUAUUACAUAUUCCGCUUGGCGGUCGACGAAAGAGCGAUCCCCGUUACGAGGAGGAACUGCCACCGUCUUCUCUUGGCUGGUCUCAGAGUGGCCAUGAAGGCGCUGGAGGACUUGAGCUAUCCACACGCCAAGUUUGCUAAAGUUGGCGGCGUCAGCGAAAUCGAGUUGGCAAGGCUCGAGAUCAGCUUCUGUUUCCUGGCAGGGUUUGAGCUGGUCGUUCGAGAGGAGAACCUCAGAAAGCAUUGGGAGGCACUGAAGGAC